AAAGAAACAGCUUAGACCCACCAAAGAUUAAUAAUUAAUGGCGCAAUGACAUUGCAAAACCCGCAUAAGAUCAAACACCAAUCUCCAUCUCUCUCCCUCUCUCUCUCUCUCUUUGAUCUUGAAAGAGUCAGAACACUCCACCGAGACGGAACUCGCCAUCUUCCUUCUCCCACCAUAUUAAAAAGAGAAGAAAAGAGAGAUCAGAAACUCUUCCAAAAGGACAAGUUUUGAUCCUUUCUCGGGCGUAAUUCCAAUGGAGAAACCGCCCAAGAUGAAGGGCAGCAUCAAGAAGAGCCUUUUCAAGUUCGUCACUUUCCAGAACCCUCCUUUCAGCCCCACCAGAGACAGCAACGCGCGAUCGUCCACGUCGGAACUGUUCGGGAAGAUCAGCGGCACCGCCAAGGCUCACGCCAAGAGGGGCUCCUUCUCGGGCCCGAUCGUGCCCCUGAUCCCCAAGGAGGCCAGGCUCGGGAGGAGAUUCAAGAACGGCGGCGGCGCCGAUCAGGACACCCCGCAGGAACCCACUUCCCCGAAGGUCUCGUGCAUGGGCCAGAUCAAGCACAAGAACAAGAACAAGAACAAGAAGAAGAAGAAGAGCGAGGAGAGAGCGCGAGUCGACAAGCCUUCUUCUGGGUCGUCCCGCGGUGAGGAGAAGAAGCCGAAGUGGAGAAAUUUCGGGAGGAUCUUCAGCCGGGCGAGAGCCGAGAGGAAAUCUGGUUCUUCCGGCGGUACCACAGAGAGCCGCGGGGAGGGAGAGGCCGACAGCGUCUCCGACGAGAGGGCGCCGUCGCUGGGUCAGAUGAGGAGGUUCGCGAGCAGCCGGAACACGCUGGCGAACUUCGACUGGGCGGCGCAGGUGGCGCCGGUGGACGCGGCGGAGCGGAGCAACUGCUACGCCGACGACGACGACGACGACGACGACGAAGAAGACAGAGGCAGAGAACAUGGAGACGGCGGCGAAGCGAGGAUUCCAUUCUCGGCCCCCAUUUUGGUAGGUGGAGGAGUGGAGUUGAAGGCGAAGCAGGAAGUGAACCUGUGGAAGAGAAGGACGAUGGCUCCCCCUCAACCACUCCGCCUGCAACACCCCUACUAGCUCUGCAAAUGCGUGAUCGUGUGUUCUCGAAUGGUCCUGCGUUCAUGGGAUUCCAAAUUUCUCAUCUCCUUCCUUCCUUUUUUCUCUGUUUUUUCCAGUUUGUUGUCGGCCCUCGCCUCUUCAAUCCGCACUAGGAAUUUUUUCGAUUUUUCUUGUACAAAGUUUCGAUUUUUGAAGGAUGAGGCGUAAUAAGUUGCAUGCAACAUUUUGCUCUGUGCAGAGCACACACAUGUAAUUAUUCUCUCUCUCUACCCAAUUCCUUCUUCAUGUUAUUGAUUUCAAUCUUAGUGCAA